AUGGAUGAGUUAAGAGAGAGGAACAUUGUUCUUGCAAAAAUAUGUGAACAAGCUGAACGAUAUGAUGAAAUGGUCAAAGCUAUGAUUGAGAUAGCUACGAAUAGCGAAACUGAGCUAACAGUCGAAGAACGAAACCUUCUAUCUGUCGCAUACAAAAACGUCAUUGGUGCCCGCCGAUCAUCGAGAGGCGAUUAUUAUCGCUAUAGAGCCGAGUUUUCUGUCGGGAACCAAAGAAAAGACGCAGCCGAAAACAGUCUUUGUGCAUAUAAAAAAGCUGCAGAGGAUGCUGAAAAACUUCCCAUUACUCAUCCUAUUCGACUAGGUCUUGCUCUAAACUUUUCAGUGUUUUAUUAUGAGAUUCUUAAUAACUGUGAACAAGCGUGCAAGUGUGCAAGAGUAGCGUUUGACUCGGCUAUCGCUGAACUAGAUACAUUAUCGGAAGAAAGCUACAAAGAUUCAACAAUAAUUAUGCAACUAUUAAGGGAUAAUCUUACACUUUGGACCUCAAAUAAUGAAGGCGAAAAGGAUACUGCUGCUUCUCCUAAGGGUGAUAAGAAGUGA